AUGCGCCGGUCCCGCUGCAGCCAGGGGUGGCGAGGGCUGAGCCUUCCCCGGGUCAGCGUGAAUCGGAGCAUCCCGGCGGUGUCUGCACGUCCCCGCUUAGCACACGGCAGCGAACGUCAAUGGCCGGUUUGCAGCCAGCGCGGCUAUACCAACUGGUGGUGGAACUGGAUCAGCGGCCACAGGUUUUGGUCCUGCAACAUACUUGCGUUUCUGUCUAAUGAAGGCACCAGUGGAAGAAAUGUUGAGUGGUUUGAUUGUAAUAAUAGCCAACGUAAAUACGUUCAUGCUUCUCCCAUCCCUGUUUGUCGUUCUUGGACAGCGCAGCAGCACCGGCCGGCCGCUGCAGAGGACCCCGUAGUAUGGCUCUCGGUUUUCCACACCGAGGGCUUAGCACGCUUUUUAGAAGACCGGGAAGUUGUGUGGACAGGCGAACCUGGCUAUUUUCUCUGUCAUCAAAUGACUGUCAUGUGCGCUUUCUGCAGGCAAAACAGACCCCGCGAGCAGCCAGGCUCCGCUUCCCCCAGGAGUGCGGCUCAAGAGGCUCUCCCUAACACUGCAUUCCCUCAAUUCUGCUGUUUUACCACAGAAAGCUUUGGCAGCGGCUCGCUGGCUCUGGGGGCUCCUGCGCUCCGACACGGGCCCCACGAGCGGUGUCGCACCCGCGGCGGUGCCGCUGCCCGGCGAGCCGCGGGGACUGCGGGGCGGGGGAGCCCGAGGCCACCGGGGAGGGGACUGCGAGCUGCUCCUCGGGGGCUUUUCCAGGACCCGUCCCAGGCAGCUCCGAGCGCCUCGGGAGCCGUGCGUCCACCUCUUAGUUUUCAGCCGGGACUUUUACAGCCGAUUCCCGGCCCCGAGCCGCCGCCACUCGGAGCCGCGCACAAAGCGCCGCUUUCGCCUCCGCGCCCCCGGGACCACGAAGCCGGGGCUGCGCUCGGGUCCCCCCCCCGCCCGGCGCCAGCCCGCGGCGGCGCUGGGUGCGCGGAGCGGCGGCGGGAGCGCGGCCGCCCCGGGGGCGCCGUCGCCCCCCCGCGCCCCCGUGCCCCGCCCCGCGCCCGGGGCCGGCCCGGACUGCGCGGCGCCAGCCCCGUGACAUCAGCCCCUCGCCGCCGCCCCCCCCGCCCGCGCCGCCCGGGCCCGGCGGCGCCGCUCAGGCGGCUGCCAUGGCGACCGGGGCUGCGCCCGCGGCGGCGGCCCGGCCUCGCUUCCCCCUCCCGGGCGCACCUGCAGCGGGGGCCGCCGCCGGACGCCCCGCCAUGCCGCGGGGGGAGGACGAGGGAAUGUGGGAAGGCGGGGGGGGCGCCCGCAGAAAGGAGAGAGGAAAGAGUAAAACGGGCAAAAUCGCGGAUGGACCGGGGGAAAGGUGCCGGCGCCGCUCGCCCCCCAGCCCGGCUGCCCUGCGGGGCCGGGUUGCCGCGACCCGGGCGGGAAGGAGCGGGCCGCGCUUCCCAGGCUCCCAUGUGGGGUAGCGAGUCUCCUCAGCCCAGCCCCAGGGUCACAGAGUCCCCCCCCGGCCAGGCUCCCCCCGUGUGUGUGCGGGGCGAGGGCUCCGGGCAGAACCUGCGGCGCUGCGCUGCCACCCCCCUUGGGGACCGGCGCGUUCCUCCGCGACCCUGUCCCCUGCCUCUAAUGAAAUCUAUCUAA